CCCACUGGGAGGCCGUGGCCAGCACGCACCGAGUGAGCCUGCCCCGAGACAUGGCAGGCCCGAUCGCCCAGAUGGCCCGGCACAGGCACGCUCGCGAGCCCGUGCCGUACGUGUCGCUGUCGCAGCACGGGAAGCUGUGGAAGCAAGAAGUUUGGGAAGGUGCCUUGAGCUCCGUGGGACAAGGUUGUUUCAUGACCACUGAUCUGGAUGAAGAACAAGCUGAAAGUAGGAAGAGAGGUGCUGGCUACAACUUCCCAGCACCUGUUUAGGUUACCUGUGGUCACAGGCAUGCCAGGAACUGCCUAUGAACAUACCCAGAUGCAAUUUCCCCAUUCCCCUUGCCUCCCUUCUGUGUCAGGUUUGUUCAGAAUACUGGACAUUCUGUGUUGGAAAUAGAGAUUUUGACUCAUGCCACAAAAUUCCACAGCUGGGUUCACGUCUCUUCUUCCUCCUGUCACUUCUUAGUAUGGGAGAAGGAUCUGAGGAGUUUUAUUCCAGUCUUCGCUGCUCUUCUGGGUGCUAGAGCUCUUCUGCCAGAUUUUCCCUUCUGCUGGGUAGGGAUGUUUCUGUUACCCUCUGUGCAUGCAGUGUUCCAGGGAAAAGGCACUGCACCUGAGAACAAUAUCAGCCUUACUGGAGGCCCUUGGGUGCCUGGAAUCAGGAACAUCCUUUGCGAAGAAGCGGCCUACGAGGAGCGGCAGUACCCAGCUGGGAAGUGGGCCUGUGUCACCAUGGGGGAGCCCAUGUAUGAGCAGAGCAUCUCCAUGAGCUUCAUGAAGCUCAUGCGCUACAUCUGCAAGGAGAACUCUGUAGGUUGCUAUCUGGGCAUGACAGUCCCGGUGCUCAACGAAAUCCACCUGACCAAGGAGGGGACCGAGCUGGAGCGUGAGGUCCUAACAGCCUAUUAUCUCCCAGGACAGUUCCAGCAAAACCCCCCUGUUCCCAUGGACCCCGAAAUCCACAUCACCGAGAGGGCACCGCUCCGGGUUAUAACCAGGGUUUUCUAUGGGAUGACCACGGAGGAGACAAUUCUGCGGGAGAUCAGUCUCUUCUGGGAGCUCUUGGGCUCCACGGACAUGGUGCUGCAGGGAACCUACAUCGUGGCUUCUUACGAAAACCCCAGCAUCCCUCAGCGCCGCAACGAGAUCUGGUUCAUCUGCCGGGCCGAGUGAGUCCCCUCUGUCACCGCAAGCCAGCGCGCCGCUGGACCCGCUGUGGGUGGCAGUCCUGACCCAGAGGAGGCGGAGCACAUCCCCACCCACUAUUCAGCCACACAAUGAGAGACUAAGAGACUGCGGGGUGGGUUUCCAGCCUGCCCUGCAAGGGUCCUGCCAGGGGAAAUCCUGCCUGGCCUGCGCUUCACCGGCCCCCGCAGCUGAGGCUGGAGCUGGCACCAAAGAUGACCUCUAGAGCAAGCACGUGGUGGGGGCUCAUUAAGGCAGUAACCCUGUGGGCUUGUGUGAUGUGCUAGCCUGACCUGCACUGGGCUUGCAGAGCUGUGCCAGGGAGGCUGGUGGACAGCAUCACAAGGUGGUGGUGUCUAGAGGGCGAAGGACUGUGUACAAUAUGUGGGGCUCAGUGUGGCCUCUGCCUGCUUCCUGUGAGAAUGGCUGCCUGUCCUGAACAGAGCCACUGAAAUGGUGCUACAGAGACAGUUCAAAGGGGAAAAGGGCUUGAAUUCAGGUGUGAAUCCUGAAUGUUUCCUGCUGGGGUGGUUCUCUUUGGACUGUUGGGUGCCUCCCUGGCUGUCACUCACCAUUCCUCAGCCAGGACUAGGGUGCUGGCAGCCUUUGUCCAUCUCUUGUGGGUGCUGUUUUGCAGACCUGCUGUGAGCUGAGAGGGGUUGGUCCAGAGAGCAGCAGGAGCGGCAGCACUGUGUGUUGUGUUGUGCAUUGAUUAGUGAGUUUCACAUCCAUGAAUACCAUCAUGCUUUCCUGGGGGAAGCUGGCAGUGCCAACAGUAAAUAAACCCAGCUCAAACCACAGCA